CCAGUCACCAGUGCAGCCCAGAGAGGCUCCAGUGGCCACCAGGCUCACGUGCGGAAGCUCCAAGCCAUCGAGAAAGAAAAUAUUCUGAUAUUGGAAAGACUGGCGCGAAUAAUGACUCCACGCAAAGGAGGAGCAACCUGGAAUGACUACAGCCUGAAAAAAACGUCAACAACCAGUCUGCGGGACAAAGGGAAGUCCAAGCCAAAGUCGUACGAGUCGAAAUUUGUCAAGCUGGAACAAGGCAAUAUCGCCAUUCUAGAAAGACUGGCUGCAAUAAUGACUCCCUCAGGGAAAGACAAGGGGACUCAAGUCAGUAAGAUGCCAAAGAUCGCACCAAACAAGGGCGUCACGUGCCACCCACCCAAAAAUCGGGCUCACAUGAAGAAACUGGAACACGCUAUGCUUCAAGGAGACAAUAAAUGCAUUACCCCCAAGCAAGCCAGCCCGGUGAUGUUGGCCAAAUCAAAGAAGAAUCUAAGUCUCAACAACCUGAACAAGAACAGAAAGUUACCGCAAAUUUUGCAGAGGACGCCCACGCGGUCACAGAACUUCAAUAGGUUGCAGCGGUCAAAGUCACAACCGGUGGACAUCGAAGUCAUUGAGAAAGGGAAUGUUGCUAUGCUGGAAAGACUGGCUGCUGUAAUGGUUCCUUCGAAAUGCAGCAGAAAGACAAAGAGGCUCAACACGACUGCUUCAGAACCGCAGAUGCCAAAGACUUUGCCAAACAAGUGUUUGCCCAAACCACUCAGACUCUGGAGACCAGCCAGCAGCGUAGAGGCUAUGAGGAAGGCCGAGUUGUCUAAGAAAAAAAUCAAAGAUUGUACAGCGGAGAACAUCAACGUUCUGGAACUGGACAAACUAGUACGACUGAAGCCUUCCCUCCCACAAACCUUGUCCUGGAAUGACAUUAAAAUGAACAGCAUCCGGAGGAUAUCGUCAGGACAUUCCCAGGAAGUGGUACUCCAGAGGCCGGUCAGUCGUUCAGAGAUUCAAUUGGAGAUCCAGAGGUCUGGUGGACUAGACUUGGAGGCUAUUGAAAGGGCCAAUGUUGCCAUGCUGGAAAAACUGGCAAAGAUAGUAGUCAACCACAGAGGUCGAAGCUUUUUGCCGGAAAUCAAGAUAUAAAAGGAUCUCAGCAGCAAUCUGACCUCUGAUGCCUGCUCCGUUUCAUUGCACAAGCAAAUGUGACAAGUAAAGAACACUCCAAAAAAAUCACGGUGAACAUUAAGGACCAGAUGAGAAGCGUGUGUGUGCGUGUGUGUGCGUGUUAAUUAGUACAAUCCAGAGCCCAGUGUUUGCUGUGCUCUGUAUGUGCUGCUUUCGACCAUCUAUCUCUGCUUGUACACGGGGCCAAUAA